AAAGAAAAAAAUUCAUUUUACAUAUUUUCCAUCACCCCUCUGCCACAAAAAUUGACCGCAUUGUAUAAAUCAACGUCAUCCUUUGUUCAAACCAUUUAAUUUUCUUCUGUCUCUUUUCUUCUCGUCUUUUAUCUCUGCACAGUCUUUUUUAUAUCAUGAACUUUGCCCAUGAAGAUGGAUCUGAAACUCCGAAAUCCACGAGUUCCUCGAUGACCAUUGAAUCAUCUCCAUCCGGGUCCAUUCUGGAAUCGUAUUUACCGGAACGCUCCUGGUCCCUUGAUGAGCCCGAUAAUGAUGAUGACAACACUCACAGCGAAUAUGAUGAGGAAGACGAGGACAUGUACAACGACCGUAUUGAUCGUGGCGAGAUUCGCGAUAAAACUUAUUUCAAUAAAUAUAUUCGGUUCGAUGACCAUGUGGGUUCUGAAGAAGGAAACACAGGCCAGCGGCCAGCGGGAUCAUGGCGUCAAAAAUUUUCACCAUCAUUCGACGCAAACGAGAAAGACCAACGUCCCUCAUGGGGUGUUUCGAGCAUGAAACCUCACGGAGCACGAAGAAAACGAACGGACGAGAAUGAGGAUGACUACACGACAGUUGAACCGCCAUUGAAGAAACAAGCGUCUGAAACUCAACGUGUGGCUCCUCGCAAACCAUUAAUGGAUUUGAAAAAUCAAAUGAACCGUCGUCGUUCGUGAAAUAGGACGUGUCAAUUUGGAUCCAAUGAAUGCUUUUAAUAUAAAUUAAAUUGUUUAUUUACAGAGAAAAGGGUAAAUACCACAUGCAAUGAACAGAAAGCAUGUGAGAUAAAAAGAAAAUGCAAACAAAAGAAGGAAUGAGAAAACAGAGCAAAUGAAUGAUCAGCGAUGAAACCUAGAUAGGAUUUUUCCAUGUGCUUGAGAAAAGUGGAAAAACAGAUAACAAAAGGGAUAUACAUUUAGAUCGUACGAGUAUAAAAAUGGUGAUAAAGAGAGAGAGAUCUUGUGCAUGUUAGGCAGAUGCCAAGA